AUGUCUGGAGUUGAACUUGAUCUUGCUUGUCCAGAAAUUGAUGUUGAUGAUUUUUCAUCAGUAUCAAAAUCCAAUCAACAUGAAAAUGUUUUUGCCGAGGAUGAUCAAAUAUUGGAAUCAAAUGAUGAAAUAACAUCACUUGAGUUAACUAAUGUCAAUAAUCUUGAAACUCAAAUAUCAUCAAACGAUAAUAACAUUACAACAACCGAUCACUAUUCUAAUGAAGAAUCUAUUGAUUCACAAUCAAAUCAGAUGCAAACGAGAAUAACACAAGAAAAUGAACAAUAUAAAUCAACAUUAACAAAUACUAUACAAACUCCAAUUGAAGUACAAUCAAUACCAAUUCAUGAUGAAAAACAAACUGGUGCUUUACAAAAUAUAUUUCAUGAUACUGUUUAUUUUUUAAUUAAAAGUGGAAAUGAAGAAAAUGUUUCAUUAGCUAAAGCUAAAGGUGUAUGGUCAACACCACCUGCAAAUGAAAAUAAACUUAAUCGAGCAUUUCGACAACAUCGAAAUGUUAUAUUAAUUUUUUCAGUUGCUGAAAGUAAAGCAUUUCAAGGUUUUGCACGUAUGUCAUGUGAAGCUCGUCAUGAUAGUCAACCAAUUAAUUGGGUUUUACCACCUGGUAUGAGUAAUCGAGCUUUUUCUGGUGUUAUCUAUAUUGAUUGGAUUUCUCGACGAAGUUUACCAUUUAAUCAAACUUUACAUUUAUUUAAUUCAUGGAAUGAAAAUAAACCUGUUAAGAUUGGACGUGAUGGACAGGAAAUUGAACCACGUUGUGCCGAAACUUUAUGUCGUUUAUUUCCAUCUGAUCCAACAAUUGAUAUUCUAUCAAUAUCAAGAAAAGCAGAUAAACAUAAAUCAUCAUCACGAUCACCAUUAUCAAUAAAUCCAUCAAAAGAUAUAAAUCAUCGUUCAUCUACAUCUAUUGAUCGUCAUAGACGUCAUCGAUCAAGAAGUCGAGAACGUAACAGUAAAGAAUUACAUCGUAAACGACGACAUCGAUCAACAUCAUCAAAUUCGGAUCAUGGUAAUAAACGUAGUCCAAAUCGAAAACAUACACAUCGUAAUAAUGAUGAUCCAUCAUUACCUAAUAAGUUCGAUAAAAGAAUGUCACAUAUAAUGGCGAAAGGAACAUAUGAAGAUUAUGUAAAAUAUAUGCUUGAAACUCAAGCACAAUAUACUGGAUAUGCGCCACCUAUGUUUCCAUCAACGGUAACUUAUCCAAUGGUUUAUGAUCCAACUAGUCUUUAUACAAUGGGAUAUGAUUCUCAUAGUAUACAUAGUGGAGCUUAUAAUGAUCCAAUAAAUAUGUAUUUACCUCAACCAUCUUCAUCGGUAUCUCACAAUACAACUGAAUACGAACAAGAAAUAAAUGCAUUUCUUCGUCAUACAACAUCAUCAUCAUCUCAUAAAGAAAAUGAUAAUGGUAAUCGAUCACAUAGAAAUCAUCAUUAUCAUCAUCAUCAUCAUAAAUCAUCAUCAUUUCGGCAUCGUUCAAAAUCUCGUGAAUAUCGUCAUUAG